UAAAAUGGAAGAAUUUUUGGAUAAAAUACAUAAAAAUUGUUCUUGUGGAGGGGAAGUGCUUGGAUUUUGAGUGACUCAUAAAGUUCUGAUUUGUGCAAAUAAUAAAAUUUGCCAUGAUGAAUCAUGUGAAUUUGCAUCAACUAAAAGUUUAAAUGAAAUUGAAGAAUAUAUGAACCAUAUUGAAGAAAAACUGAACCAAUUAAAGAGUGAUUUUGAAAAUGGAAAAAUUGAACUAAAUGAACAAAAGAAAGAUAAUUUACCUGAAGAACAGAAAUAAAAUAGCUGAGACCGCUAUAGAAACCAAUAACACAGAAGAACAGCAACAACAAGAUUUGAUCAAGGAAUGAGAUUCCAAUCUAAAACAAAUUCAAAAUAAUAUCAGAGAAGCACAUGAGAACGAGGAUUAUAUCUCUCUUUAUCAUGCUAAGAAAGAGUUAUGGGCUUGUCAUGGAGUUGGUGGAUAAUACCUUUUUAGUAUUAUUUGAGCGAAGAUUUAAAAAAAUUAUAGAGAAAUUAAACAAUUGAUCCGAUAUUAUUAAUUUCUAACAUAUGUGCAUUAAACUACUGGUUCUGCCAAGUACUUUCAUAACAAUUUCUGACCUUUAAAAAUUAGAAAGAUGUUUGGAAGAUAGAGCUUACUAUUUAAAGUUAAUUUUAGGAAUGACCAACAAUAGUAAUACCGCUAGUGAUUCAGACGCUGGUGGGUCUUGUGACUGUUGGGCUCUGGCUGAGUUGUAGGGAUGAGAUACGGUGGAGAUAAGAGAGGGGGAUUGGGGAGGAAUGAUAAUGUGUGGGUUGUAAAAUUUGUAAAGAAGGGUUGGAUUUGGGUGGAUUGGGAGGUUGUAGGGGUUAAGGUGCUUGUUUUUGAGGUUGAUGGGGUAUUUUAGUUGGAAAUUUUGGUUAUUUGAAAGAUUAUUGGGAAUUUUGAUUUAUAUCAAAAAGUAAGAGAGGUUUUAUCGUAUAGAUGGCAGCAUUUUGAGUUAAUUAGAUAUGCUUAGUUAGAAGUUAAAAAUGGAAAUGCUGCUUACUUUGUUCCAAUCAAGUUUCAGAGUUAAUUUAAGAAUUUCUUCAUUAAAAUCGCUUUUUAUUCACGAAUCCAUUCAUUUUCAACAUAUUCC